UUUUGUCACUAAGGUAGUAAACAAACUCUAAUAUCAAAUAACUUUUAGCUGAAAAUGUGCAAUGGAUAUAACAUCGUCGUUUACUUCAUUAUCUGUAGCUAAUAUACCACCAAUUCUAGAUUGUUUUGCAGCUAAAAUAGGUGGAAAUCAUACGGAAUUCGUGAUUACUAAUUUCCCCAGUUAUACUAAUAUAAUAAUUACACAGUACGGAAAAAUUGGAAACCUUUAUCAGGUAAAAAUCGAUCAACCUGAAAACGGAUUUAGUAUUACUGAACCGGUGUACUCUAUCUCAACGAUAUUAGGAGGAGAAAAUUUAGAAGCAGAAGUUGCUGUCCGAUACUUGGCAGAAAAACUGAAAAUUCGUAGGACCCUGUUGUUGUGCUUAAGCUUAAAAGACUUCAGUAGAAAUACCCUAAAUGCUGUUAUAGACACCAUAGAGAGACAUAGAGCAUAAAUAACAAACAUGGCCUUAGUAAAGCGAGUGAAAAAAGCAGAAAGCUACUUUGGGCAAGUUGUUAUAGGACCUCCGGGAUCCGGCAAAACCACUUACUGUGGAAAGGUAUAUGAUUUCUAUAAAGAUAAGCUUAAUCGUAAGGUAGAAGUUGUCAAUCUCGAUCCAGCAAACGAAAAUAUGAAUUACAAGCCUAAGAUCGACAUAAUGCAAUUAAUAACGGUCGAAGACGUAAUGAGAGACUUAAACUUGGGUCCUAAUGGUGCGCUAAUGUAUUGUAUGGAGUAUUUAGAAGAGAACUUCGACUGGUUACUGAACCAGUUGGUUCAAAUUAAAGACAGUUACUUAAUUUUCGAUAUGCCGGGACAAGUCGAGUUGUAUACACAUCACAACUCCAUAAAAAAUGUUUUUGAGAAACUUGAAAAACUUAGUUAUCAUUUGUGUGCGGUUCACAUGGUUGAUUCACAUUAUUGUUCAGAUCCUCCUAAAUUUAUAUCAACGCUCCUCCUUUCUCUGUCUACGAUGAUGCAGAUUGCUUUACCACAUGUCAACGUUCUUAGUAAGGCCGAUUUAUUGAAAAAGAAUGCUUCAAAAUUGGAUUUUGUCAUAGAUUUUUACACAGACGUUCUUGAUUUAGACUAUCUAUUAGACCUCUUGGAUGAUGGCCCGUUUACCAGUAAGUUUAAGAAGUUGAAUGCGGCUAUAGUAGGUCUGAUACAGGAUUAUAGUUUAGUUGCGUUUAUUCCAGUUGAUGUUAAGUCGGAAAAAAGUUUACUGCAGUUGAAGAGUGCUAUAGACAAGGCCAAUGGUUAUAUUUACGGUAGUGGUGAAGAAAGGAGCAUACAGGCAUUGCUUUCUUGUGCAGUUGGGGCAAGAACGGAAUCAGAAAGAUUCGAUGCAGAUUAUAUGUGAAAAAAA